UUUCAGCGCUUGAAAGCAAAAUCUUGCUCGCAGAAAUAUGUUAGCAGCACUAGCUAGCUUUAGCUAAAGUUAACAGACUUUAACGUCACCUAAUGUAAGUUAGAGUCAGCUGGAUAAAUAUCACCUCGGUCUAGUAAGACAUUGCCAGAGAUGAGACAGGUUGUUCUAAAGUUCCAGCUGAGCAUUAUGGCCAAAAAAGCUGAUGACUUCACCGCGGUAGUGGGUCCCACCUUCACUGACCACACCUUUCAUCAUUAUUCAGAGAUGAAUCUAGACAGGAUUUACAUGGACUACAAUGCCACUACCCCGCUGGAACCAGAAGUGAUCGAGACCAUCUCUGAAGCCCUCCAGGAUGCCUGGGGAAACCCGAGUAGCAAUUACAUAGCAGGUGCUAAAGCCAAGGCAAUGAUUAAUCAGUCCAGAGAGAAUGUGGCGAGAAUGGUUGGAGGUAAAGCUGAAGACAUCAUUUUCACAUCAGGUGGAACAGAGGCCAAUAACCUGGUGCUGCACACUGCUGUAGAGCACUUCAGGAGAAGCUGCAGGGCUGCAGAGCAAGGUGAAGGGCACCAGAAUGGAAGCAAUGGCCUCCCUCACAUUAUCGCCUCCAAUGUGGAACAUGACUCCGUUAAACUGGUAGCUGAGCACCUGCGGAGAGACGGCAAGGCUGAUGUGACGUUUGUGCCUGUCUCCAAGGUGACAGCCCGUGUAGAGGUGGAGGACGUCAUUGCCGAGGUGCGUCCCAACACUUGUCUCAUCUCUGUUAUGCUGGCCAACAAUGAGACGGGAGUCAUCAUGCCAGUCCAAGAGAUCUGCCAGAGAGUAAGAUCUCUCAACAAGCAGCGUGAGCAGCUCAGGGUCCUGGUUCACACUGAUGCUGCUCAGGCUCUGGGCAAAAUCCGAGUCGAUGCCUGUGAACUGGGAGUGGAUUACCUCACCAUAGUGGGACACAAGUUCUACGCCCCUCGGAUUGGUGCUUUGUAUGUGAACGGCCCCGGAACGAGAACACCAUUGUGUCCGAUGCUGUUUGGAGGAGGACAGGAGAGAAACUUCAGACCAGGCACAGAAAACACACCAAUGAUUGCAGGUCUGGGAAAGGCUGCAGAACUGGUGACCUCUAAUCUGUCAGAAUAUGAGAGUCAUAUGCGAAGUACAAAACUUUACUUAGAAGAACGACUAAAGGCCGUCUUUAUAGACAAGAUUCACUUCAACAACCAUUACCCAGGCUCUGAUAUCCUCCCUAACACAUGUAACGUGUCCAUCCUGGGCCCAACAUUACAAGGCUGGAGGGUAUUGUCCAACUGCACGAGGCUGCUGGCCAGCGUUGGUGCCGCCUGCCACUCAGACAGUGGAAACAGGCCCUCCCAUAUCCUUCUGAGCUGCGGCGUCCCCUCGGAGGUGGCAGCUAAUGCCUUGAGGUUGAGCGUGGGCAGGGGGACGACCAAAGCAGAUGUGGAUGCAGUCGUGGAGGACCUGAGGGAUACGGUGCGACUGCUGGAAGGAAUGGACUGAUGGCAUAAACAGUUGCCUUGAGGUCAAAUAAGGAUGUGCAGAAUUAAAAAUACAUCACCAUCAUGUGUUUAUUGUUACAUUAACUGAUCAUGUAAAAUGGAUGAAAUGUGUAAUAUAAAUAAUAAAAGGGAAGAACUUGAA